GGUUUUGUGCUAUCUGGUGUUGCAGGGAGCAACGUCAGAGAUAAUUCAGCCUAUUAUCUCCUGCUAUGUAAUAUAUAUAUAUAUAUAUAUAUAUUAAAUAUAGCUCUGUGAGCUCAUGCUCUGUCGAUGUUCAGUUUGAAGAUCCUUCAUUUUCCUUUGACGGCUCUACCCUGUUUGCGCUGUGAGCUCAGUCGAUGUUCACUUUGAAGAUACUAGCACCAUGAAAAGGUUCAGGUACUUCUCCAACUCUCACAAUCUUGACACCCUAUUAUCACAAUCCAGACCAUCAUUUCAUGAUCCCAUUUUUCUUCCCAAAACCCUAGCCUCGCAUGAGCACUCUUCUGUUUGUACUUCAGCAGCCCCAUCUUCUCAAAAGUUGCAAUCUUUACAUUUGUACACGAGUGGUGUUGAUAAGGGCCUGUUCGUGAAUCUUUACUUGCUUAAAGAUCAAUAUCAUGGACGCUUUCAGGCAUUUUCAACUGCGCCUUCUGAUGCGUUCAAGCCUCCCUCGCCACCAGGAGAUUCAGGUUCUGAUGAGAAUCAUGGGUUGGGGAAAGUGGGUAUUGAUGGGAUUGGACCGACUUCGAAGCAAGUUUUGGAAAUUGUUGGUAUGAUUAGAAGGGGUGAGAAUGAUUUGGCGUCCAAGUUGAAUUCGAUGAAUGUAAGUCUAUCUAUUGCCUCCAUUGCUCAGAUUUUUCAGGUGUUGAAUUCCAAAAAAGUAUCUGCUUUGUGUUUAUUUGAUUGGAUUAAGAAUUCACAGCCCAUUAGUUGUUAUGGAAAUGAUAUUUGUAGCUUGGUUAUUGAUAAUUGUGGGCGGUUAGAUGAUUACCAUGCAAUGCUUCACAUUAUGAAUGACUUUCGAUCGGAGGGAAUUUGUCUCACACGGAAUGCAUUUGAGUUUAUAUCUGUUUCGUCGUCAAAGAAGGCUUCUGUUAUCAAAGUGGUAGAGGUAUUGAAUGAAGUUGGUGGAUCGUGUCGAUCCAUUGGUUUGCUCUCUUUGAUUGAGAUGCUCAGUGUCAAGGGUUCAUUUAAAAUGGCCGAGUUUGUGAUGAAAAUAACGGAGAGGAAGAGAUCUUAUUACAAUAUCAUGAUAAGAGAAAGUUGUCGGAGAAGAAAUUUUGGCAGAGCUAUUGAUAUGCUUGAUGAGAUGAGGCAAGUCGGUUGUGACCCAGAUUCCAAAACUUACAACUAUAUACUCGGUAGCUUAUAUAAGAACUACAAAUCUGCCGAAGCUACUAAACUGUUUGAACAAAUGUUAGAAAUGAAUUGUUCUCCUGAUGAAAUAACCUACGAAAUACUGAUUUGUUACUCAUGUAAAGUUGGAAAUUUUGAUUUUGCACACAAGUUACUUGAUAGUAUGGUAUUGAAGGGCAUUAAACCUCGACUUACAUCGCAUGCAGCCUUUGUCAAGGGUUAUUUUAACUUGCGGAGAUAUAAAGAAGCAUAUGAGCAUGUUGUUGAUUCAAGUGUUAAAUACAGUUGCUUUAGCAAUUCAGUUUACAGUUUGCUUGCAAGGCUUUAUAUGAAUGAAGGAAAUGUAGUCAUCGCCCAAAAUAUUCUGAUUGACAUGAUUAAUAAGGGUCUGAAACCGGAUUUUGCAGUGUAUACGAAAGUUUUGAAAGAGCUCUCCAAGACAGGCAGAACAGGCUUGGCUGAAGAUUUGAGUAGCAGGUUCUGUAGUCUAGCAUGAAGUGGAUAAUGUAUUCCAAAAAUCUGUUGGUAUUUUUUUUUAAUUUUUUUUUUUGAUAUAGUUUAACUUGCAGUGUCUGUUUGUAUACUGGCCUUUUUGUCCUUUCCAGUUGAAGUGUUGAACUCAGACUUCCAAUUUAUGAAGUGAUUUUUCAAAAGCA